UCGGCGGAGCUGGGGACGCUGUGAAACAUCUAGACCUUUAAACGCGGGGACUGCAGUGCUUGUCAAUUGCACGGCAAGCAUCUAUCCAGGGCCACGGGUAUAUAUUUAAAAUAGCAAAGCUUUGUUUCUUGAUCGGUUUUUUAAACCCCAGAGCACCUACUUAAGUGACAGUGAAAGUUAAAGAAGCGAAUAUGGAGUUACUUUGUUUCUUAAACUAUCUGGCUUUCACUCUGUAUGUUGUUUAUCUUUCUCUUUUACUUCGCUCUAAGAGGUUGUUUCCCCCCUAGUGCCACAGCUGUUGUUCGGUUUUAUAAAUUUUCUCUGAUGUUUGUUUUAUUUAAGUUUUGUAGCAGUACAACAUGUGCCAUUAGUUCAUUUUUCAGACAUUAUUUGCUACUUUAGUUACAUUGUGUGAUUCUAGCAGUAAAUUAGCUUCAUGCCUUUAGCUUCAGAAAGGCAAACUGUAGAAUUUAGCUCAGAUAGAAUAAGCUGAUCAGCGUUCAGAUCAUCUAAAAGACCUUUGAGGAGCCUAGAGAUAGCUGAGGGGAGCACUGGGGACACAACAGGUGACAGCCCUGACAAAGAGGAAUUUGAGCUAUUUGAUGUUCUGCUUUUUAAAAUAAAGAAACAAAUCAGAUUUCAUUGCAGUGAUGAUUUCUAAGGUUUUAAUUCAUUAAAAAUUGAAGUACCUACUGCUUUAUCUGGCAUAGCAGAUUAAAUUAGCUGGGUGAAGCUGUUAACCCCCAGCUGUCUGCUCUGGCUAUUGCCCUUAAGUGAGGCUGCUUCAAUAGCACAAGCUGACCUCACAGCUAUAGGUUUUUUUCCCCCAUAUUAUUGGUUUAGUGUGAUGCAACACUCAAAAAAUGCUGUAGAAGCCUCUCUGCCUACCAAGCAUUUUCUAUUUUUCUUAGCAAUAACAAGAAGAAACUAAGGAAUCAGCCAUAUCUGCUUGACAAGGUAUAAAGGAGAUCUUCAAAACCAAGAAAUGCUGUACUGUGUCAGACUAAUGGUCUGCCCAGCCCAAUGAUCUGUCUCAGGCAGUGGAGAGAGGAGGUGCAAUUUAGGGAAAGUGACCUGGCCUCUUGCUUCCCCAUGAGUUCCAGCCGGAGCUGCCCCAUUAGGUCACCAGAUAAGCAUGUAUCCUCCUGGUGCAUACUUUCACCUGCUGUAAAAUGUUUUGUUGCUUUCACUGACUGCCCUUGAUAUCUAGUAUUGCAGGGAGAAGGUUUGCAUUCAUGUUACUUGGUGUCUUCAUCAUUUUGUAAAAUUUUUGUAGAGCCUCCCCCCCCAAGCUCCUUCCCUCCAAACUGAAUAGUCUCAGAUGUGUCUUUCGCAUGUCUUCAACAGGGGUAGCUCCAUGCACUUGACCAUUUCAGCUGUCCUUCCUGAGACCACAACUGCUUAUAGUGUUAAAAAUGUGGGCCCAUCCAGGAUUUCUGUAGUGCUAAACAGUACCCUGGGUGAUGGGCUCAUUACAUUUCCUCAUGAUGCCAAGUAUUUUAUUGGCUUUUUGGCUGCCACAAAAAAAAAACAGGAGAUGCAGUCAAAGUUUUGAAGAUGGUAUAACUGUAUGGUUAUCAAUGUUUAUUUAAAUUAUUGUAAGAAUUUAUAAACAUUUAGAGGGACAGUUGUGAUGUGAUGGCAGUGGUAGUUAGGCAUCUAAUUUCAUUGCAGUUUUCAGAAUCUCACUUCUUUUUCUUUGGAUAAAUAUAAAUCCCUGUACAGGUGAGAUAGUAUAGAAGAACAAGCAAAAUAUGUUGAGACAAUAGGCAGGGCACUAUAGGUGUUUGGAUAAUUUGGUUGAAUUCUUUGGUUAUAAAAGAUGAAGCAAGUAGAAAUUCUAAAUUGAUCAUUUAAUUAAAAUACAAAGAUAACAACGGUGUGAAUUCUUGAGGCUAUAAGCCAUUUACUUAAACUACCUCAUUGCUAUGCAAAAUCUUCAGUAUUAGUAGGCAAAUUUAUAUGUUACUGUAAGAAAUGCACAUAUUGCUUUGCACUUUGAUGACUUAAAAAUUUAAUUGCAAAUAGCUUUCUCUCUGUCAAGUAUGCUACACCUAGGGCCACUGGAUGCUACUGAAUUGGUGCAGAAAAUCAUGUUGUUUCAAAGAAAGCUUUAUAUAUUCAUUAUUCAUAUCAACUAUUGAGUCGGGUUUGUUGCUUCUGGCAGUAACUAGUAGCUGAAGUUCCAGAGGAAAAUGAGAAGAGCUAUCAUGAGCUUAACAAAUUUAGCAGUUCUGUUUUUUGCAGGCCUAAUUGUUGCUUCCUGGAGAUGGGAAGGUAAACCCUGAAACAUAGAGAGAUAGCCUCUUACUCAAGUUUUUAGUGUUAUUUUAAUUGUUUUCUCUGCUAAAAGGUGUCUUGCAUAUAACUGCAGAGCCGGUGGGAUUUUCUUUGCUGAUUACACAAACAGUGUCAGGAGUUAGUUGCUCCCAAUACUGUAUACCAUGAAUAGUGGGGUUUUUUUGAAACAGAAAGGUAACUAGUGGCAUUAUGGGAGUUGAUGUUUUAACUUUGGUCUUGCUGAAUGUUCUGGAAAUCCUGCAUUACCCUAUUGUUUCUAUAUAUGAUUUACUAAACCCCUAGAUGUGCUGCAGCAGCACUUCUAGGGGUUUCAUUAGUUUGCUACUUUUUCAAGUCAGCUUUAUAAGUACAUAUUUUAGUGAUUGAAGAUACUUUUUUUACCACUUAAUUAUCUACCAUGUGUGGGCUCAAGCACUAUUUCCAUUACUAGAUUUGUCUUAGGUGCUGCUGACUGUGUUUUGCUAAUUGUAAGAAAAUUGCAGAAGAUGUUGAUAGAAGAAAAAAAUCACUCUGAAUAGCUUCUCAAAAAUAACUCUAAGUUUCAGUAAGUGUUUGUUUUGACAGACAAGUGGUGCUUUCACUAAAUCAGCAUUUUGUUUGCUUAAAAAUAGCCACUCUAGGUUGCAGUUCUGCAUGUAUCCACUUUUUCUAGAAAUCAAAAUAUUGUUCUUUGUGGAUGACUGACUCAUACAUGCAAAUAGAAGAGUGACUAUUGGUUACUUAGAAGAGUUUAUACAACUGUAGAAGAAAAAGCAGCUUAUUCAUCAGUGUGAUAAGGGCACAAGGAAUAGGAAAGGAGCUGAGUGUUAGAUGUUGAGAGAUCACUAGUGGUUAUUGGCUAAGUAAUUAUAAAGAUGAUACUGCAGUGAAUACAGGAAGAUGUCAGGAGCUGAUUGUGUUUUCUUGACCUUGUUGAAAUGCUACAAACAGGUGCAGGGUCUGCUGAUGUGUAAUGUGUGCUGAGAUCCUGUGUUACCCAGCCAGCACUGAAUGUUGUUUGCCAAGCUGGUCUUUUUUUACCAGUUUUGUGCAUAGUCUGCACUGGGUUAGUGUAGUGUCACUGGCUCUGUAACCAGAUGAAACUGCUGCAGGGCUCUGUGUCCACAUGUUGCUGAAUGUUUUAUGGGCAGUUGGAAUGAAAUGCCUUUUUUUCAAAUGGGGAAUUCUAUUAUUUUCCUAGAGAAUACAGAGAAAGAACAUACAGUUCUUUCAUACAACUACAGUUAACUGUAGUUAUACUGUAGUUUGUCUUUACCUUUGUUAGUGCUUAAAGUCAACAGGUAAAUCUGACAACCUCAAAAUAUUUAGCAAACGCACAUAUAUACGCAUGUUUACAGGAUGGGAUUUUACUGUUGAUGUGCAUGAAUGGUAGGUUUUGAAUUCCAUGUUGCUGAAUUGUUGAAUUCCAUGCUGCUGUUCAGGCACUAGGCAGCCUGUAAGCAUGACUAUUUUGCAGGAUGAGGGUUCAGAUUAAGAAUAUUAAGAAAAAUAUAUCCUACAGAAUACUAUCAUGGGAGUAUCUCUGUGAACAUCUUCCCACCUAGACUCUGGGGGACAGACAGUUCUGUGUCCUGCUGUGUAAUUCUAGCUUUAAACCUGCAGCAACUAACAGGCUUAAAAAUCUGUGACUUGAAUUCACUGACACUGUUUUGUGGGAGUUGAGAAUAACAUUUUUUAAGGUUGUGCUAAGGAAUUAUUCAGUUCAAUUGUUUUGUACUUCAAAAUCAUUUAAGGUGAUACCAUGUUCAUUAUUAACUGGAGAUUAAAUUUUAGUUUGUAUUUCACACUAUGUGAGUCCUGUGGUCAUUUUAUUAUUUAUAUUUUUCAGAGUUUGUCCAUGUGCCCUUUUUAUGGUGAAUUUUUUUUAGUGCCUUUCAGGUGUAGUUUCUUUUUAGCAAUGGAGCAGAAAUGGUUGGGAAUGGAAAUAAAAACCAGAGAACUAGCUUUUUAUUUGGGAGGAAAAAAAAUAAUUAAAAGUGUAAAUCAUAUUUAAAUUAAUUUCAAAGCUGUAACUGAUAAACAGGGCUUGUUGGGUCUCUUGUGAAAGGGAAUUUCCCCCCUGAUAUAGCCUGAAAUAAAGAAAUUGCAAGAGUGAAGUAUCAUGCUGCAAUUUGAAGGAUUCAAAUCUCAGGAGAGGAGAAGACAAUUCUGCUGAGCCUUUUUUCUCUGUUAGCUGCCAAAACACUUAGAAUUUGGGCCACAGACACACUGCAGUUUUCUCUGAAGUAAGUGGUCUGUGGAUAGCUUUGUGGUCGCUACCAUUUGCUGGUAAAAUUGCUGCCUGGACAAAGCUGAAGAUAAAAGUGGCAAGUACCCCAAAAUUAAUCUCAUCUUCUAUCUUAAGCAAAAGAAUGUUACACAUUACUAAAGACAAUAUUUGUUCUUAUUUGGGCCAUUUUCACAAAUACAUGUAAAAAAGCCCAGAUUGUUUUUAUAAGCUUGUGUUAAAAAGUUGUAUAAGCUCCUGCUCUAGUGAAGGCUAGAGUGAGCUUGAGGGUAAUUAGGUUUGGGGGUUUCUUGGUAGGUGAUUUGGAAACUGUAAUGGGACAUGCAUUUUCUGACUAAAAGUCUGAUGUGGGGAAUGGAAGGAGCAACUUCAUACUUCUGAUAUGCUGAAUUUAAUAGAAAACCAUGUAUCAUAUCAUAUGCUUUGUUGAUGGCUUUUCAGUGAAAGUCCAAGAAGUUAUAUGAUCCAUUGUGUGGCCCUGGAAAAGCUGAUUUAGAGGAUCAGUGUUUUAGGCCAUGUGUAAUAUUUGUAUGCAUCUUCCAAAAUCCUUGGCUGGGAUGAGUAACUUUCUGAUGAGCAAAUAAAAUAUCACCAGAGAUUAUGUUUAAUUUUUUCCCCUCACUCAGAUACUUAUGUUAUAUUCAUUAUUAAAGUGGAAGGUGGAGAUAUGCAGGUAAAUGUUUGUCAGUAUUGUGGAGGACUGAUCUCAGUGACAGCACGUGCUGGGAACUUACUGACUGGAAUACCUUUGGUUAUGGCAGUGACUCCCAUUAGUAACAACAUGAGGAAAUCUGAUAUCUGGUCAUAUUUUUAAGGGAUAUUUGUGUACUGUGAUUUGCUACACUUUGAGUCAUCUACUAGAAUGUACUUUUUUUUCUGACUUGAAAAUGUCUUGCAAUUGUAACAUCCUUAGUGUCACCUGGUGUAUCUCAGCUGGGUUCAGUACAGCUACAUGAAUUUAUAUGAAGUAACGAUGUGGUGCCGUAAAGUAAUGGAUGUGGGCAGCUUUGAACUUGUUCAAAUCUACAUUUCAUCUAAAUUAGUCUAAAUUCACCCUCACAGGAGGAGAUAGCACUUUUAUCCUCUGCUAGGUUUCAUUUUAUUUCUGCUCUUUGAAGAAAUUUUACCUCAAGGUGGGAUUUCAAGUGCAUUGGAUGUGAUUUGAUCCUUUGAGGUACACACAUAGACAUGGUGCUGAUACAACAAACACUGGAAUAGCAGAGCAGACUGCUGGAAUCCUGGCAUUUAUGAGCAAAGCAGCAGCAAAUCACUUCCAUCAUAUGAAGAUAGCUCAGAGGGUGGAAUUUUAAUGUUUUGAUGUCAGGAUGAGGAGCAAGAUACCUCUCAUUCUUCUAGCUUGUGGCUCCUUUAACCCCAUCACCAACAUGCAUAUGCGUUUAUUUGAGCUGGCUAGAGAUCACCUGCACCAAACAGUUCUACCUGAGUUAAAGCUGCUCUGUGGGGCUGAUUUUCUACAGACAUUUAAGACACCCAACCUCUGGAAGGAAGAAGACAUUAAAGAAAUAGUGGAGAAGUUUGGUUUGGUCUGUAUUAGCCGUGCUGGCUCUGAUCCUGCUCAGUAUAUCCAUGAAUCAGACCUUUUAACUAAAUUUCAGCACAAUAUCUUUCUGGUGAAAGAAUGGAUUCAGAAUGAAAUCAGUGCAACACACAUACGUUAUGCCUUGUGCAGAGGAUUGAGUGUAAAAUACCUCAUACCAGAUUCUGUUAUAUCCUACAUUGCACACCAUAAUAUCUACACAGAAGAGAGUGAGCGGAAGAAUGAAGGUGACUUGCUCCAGCCUCUGAAGUUGCAUAAAACAACAGUAAACCCACUAAAUGACUGAUGCCUGUGGUUUGUGAAGUGGGCAAAUGUAGCUUUUUUUUCAUGUAAAGUUCUUGAGAAAGUUGUUUCUUGUUAAUGAGGGGAAAGUACAUCAGUCUAGCAUUUCUUGAAUUCAUGUGUUGUUUUAAAUUCAUGAUUGGGAUGCUCAGCUGCAUAGCUGAAAAUAUAAAGAAGAGCUUCCGUGUGAAAAUAAAAGAAAAAAGAUCUGAACAAUAAAUAUUAAUCUGUAAUAUUUAAAGGUCAAACAUAGUACUUUCCUGAAUUGUGACUCUAAUCCAACAGACACUUUUAGCAUGAAGAUGUCUUACUGUUCUGAAGCAACAAAAUAAAAUGAACUGUAAGUUUUCUUUA